GCGGGCGCGCCGGCGGGAGCCGUGCGCGGGGACCCGGCGGGAGCGGAGCUGCACCGGGAGCGGACGGACACACGGACAGACGGACACCGCGUGCGCGAGGGCAGCGGCCGCGCGCGGCUCUCGCCCUUUGGCUGAUUUUGGUCAUUUUUAACCUCUUUUUUUUAACCAAUUUUUCUGUUUUUUGACCGGUUUUUGGCCGAACGGACCCGGCGGCUCCGAGCGCGGACCCGGCGCCGCUUCCACCCAUCUCCUCCCAGCGCCCACCUUGUCCGGUGGAGCAGCCGCGGGGCGCAGCCCCGGGCUCCCCCCGGCCCCGUCCCCGCCUUGGCAGCCGAUGUAGGGCACGGCGCCGCCACGGGAGCGGCCCCGCACCGCCCGCGGGCAUCGGCGCAAGCCCCGCGGCACCGUCUAUGCCCCCGCCGCGCUCCCUCCCCCGCCGCCUUCCCCCAUGGUGCGGCCCCCGCCGCGGGGAAACGGCGGCGCCGGGAGGUGCGGGCAGGCUGCGAGGGUCUGAGAUGAGAUAGAGCCGGCGGCGGAGCGAGGAGCCCCGCGGAGGGGGGGGGGGGGGGAAGCGGCGGAGAGCGACGCGACCCUCGGCCGCCCGCGUGUCGUAUGUUCAGGUCCAAACGCUCAGGGCUGGUGCGGCGACUUUGGAGGAGCCGCGUCAUUCCGGACAGGGACGGCGGAGAUGGGAGCGGCAGGAGCGGCCACGACCUCGGAGCCACCGGUAGCUGUAAGAUCCCGGAGAAGAACCCCUCGUCGGAGCUCCGCGCGGUAGCGCGCAGCCUGCUGCGGGAGGCGGAGGAGCGGCGGGGCGAGGCGGCGCCCCGCGGGGACCCCAUGGCGGAGCGGCGAGGGGCCCGGCUCCGCUCCCCACCGCGGCGGGACGGCGCCGGCGGGGCGAGCCCGCGACGGGCGCCGGAGAGCGACGGUCGGACCGUGACCUGCUGCCUGUUCAAGGAGCGAGAACCGGGCGGCCCCCAGCCCCCGGACACGGACACCGCCGGCGGCCCCCCCAGCCCCGACGGCGCGGCCGACGGCGGCUCCCCGGAGCGGCGGGGCCGGGAGGCGAGGUCGCGGCUGGUGCUGCUGGAGCAGGAGCUGAAGGCCGUCACCUACUCGCUGCUGAAGCGGCUGAAGGAGCGCUCGCUGGACAGCCUGCUGGAGGCGGUGGAGUCCCGCGGGGGCAUGCCCAGCGGCUGCGUGCUGGUGGCCCGCACGGAGCUGCGCCUGGGGGGCCAGGCGGCUCCCCCCCAUCUCCUCCUGGGGAAGCUCUUCCGAUGGCCCGACCUGCAGCACCCCGCCGAGCUGAAACCCCUCUGCGAGUGCCAGAGCUUCGGCGUUGCCGACGGACCCACCGUCUGCUGCAACCCCUACCACUUCAGCCGCCUCUGUGGGCCAGAGUCUCCACCACCUCCCUACUCUCGGCUGUCUCCUAAUGAUGAGCAAAAGCCACUGGAUCUAUCAGAUUCCACGUUGUCUUACACUGAAACAGAGGCUACAAACUCGCCCAACGUCACGCCCGGAGACUUCUCAGAUGCCAGUACAUCGCCCGAUGCCAUGAAGAGGAGCCACUGGUGCAACGUGGCCUAUUGGGAGCACCGGACGCGCGUCGGCCGCCUCUACACAGUGUACGAACAGUCUGUCAGUAUAUUUUAUGACCUACCUCAAGGAAACGGCUUCUGCCUCGGACAGCUAAACCUGGAAAACAGGAGCGAGACUGUGAGAAGGACUCGAAGUAAAAUCGGCUACGGGAUUUUACUCAGCAAAGAACCGGACGGUGUGUGGGCUUACAACCGCAGCGAGCACCCCAUCUUCGUCAACUCCCCGACACUGGACAUCCCCAACUGUAGGACUUUGAUUGUGCGCAAGGUGAUGCCGGGUUACUCCAUCAAGGUGUUUGACUACGAGAAGUCCUGCCUCUUGCAGCACACGGCUGAUCUGGAUUACACGGACGGGCCCUACGACCCCAACAGCGUGAGGAUCAGCUUUGCCAAAGGCUGGGGGCCGUGUUACUCCAGACAGUUCAUCACGUCGUGUCCGUGUUGGCUGGAGAUCUUACUCAGUAACAAUCGAUAACAGUCAGCCUCUGACGAAAGGAAACUAGAGAGAAAGAAAAAGACACAGACUAUCCCAAAUAUCAUCUACCUAGAUUUAAUAUAAAGUUUUAUAUAUUAUAUGAAAAUAUAUAUUAUACUUGUAAUUAUGGAGUCAUUUUUACAAUGUAAUUAUUUAUGUAUGGUGCAAUGUGUAUAUGGACAAAAACCAGAAAAUGCACUUUGGCUUAUAUAAUUCUUUCAAUACAGAUUUUUUUUUUAAGAAAAAAACAGAAAAAAAGGAGAAAAAUUAUACAGCAAAAAUAGGAGAAAUCCCUAAUUUUGAUGUAUGGUUUUUUGAACUAUUAUUAAUACCCAGGCAAAAAGCUAAUACCAGUCACUCAUUGAUAAUAAAGUAUUCGCAUUAUGGGGGGGGGUUAAUUGUCUUUUUUUGGGCCCCCCCCCAAUCCAUCCUCAAUUGAAGCCUGCAGCAGUGUCUGCUCAGGCACUCUACAGUCAAUGGGAGGUUCCAGAGGGGCACCCACUGUCUUCCAUCUCAGCUAGCACCCUUAGAAAACAAUACAUAGGUUGCUGGAAGGCUGCAGUUGUCUCCAAGAGGAGGGUAAAUGAGGACAGUUUGAGCCAGGGAGCAAAUGGAGGUGGUGAGAGGAAAAUCCCCUGUAGCUGCUCUUGCUCAGGGCUCUGUGAUCUCUCUGAUAACACAAAACAUGAUGGGAACAUUGUGAAGAUAA